AAACAUUAAUACUACAAUUACGAAUAAUAAUACUCUUUACAAUGACACACGAUAUAAUAAUAAUAAUACAACGUUAAAUGACCCUUUAUUACAUUUGGAUCGACGUUAUUGGUGUCUAUGCUUAAUGAUAUUUUCGAUAGCUACACUAUUUGGAAAUUCUCUAGUUGUACUCAGUGUGAUAAGAGAACGUUCAUUGAGAAAUGCAACAAAUUGGUUUAUAGUCAGCUUAGCUAUUGCUGAUAUUAGUUUAGCUAUAUUGGUUAUGCCAUUGGCUACAUGGUUAGAGGUUGUCAAUGGUUACUGGGUGUUCGGAACAGUUAUCUGUGAUAUAUUCAUUAUGUUCGAUGUAUUAUUUUGUACAGCAUCAAUUCUCAAUUUAGUGGCUAUCUGUCUAGACAGGUAUUUAGCUGUUACAAAACCAAUUGUUUAUGCAAAGCAUAACAACAUGCGUAGAGUUCAAAUCUCAAUAGCUUUAGUAUGGAUUGUCUCCUUUUUAAUAGCUAUCCCGCUAGUCUGCGGUCUAAAUAUUAAUACGCAUAAGGAUCCAACCAUAUGUCAAUCGUUUAAUGCUCUCUACAUCAUAUGUUCAUCAUUAGGCUCAUUUUAUUUACCAGCUAUAAUAUUAAUUGUUGUAUAUCAACGUAUAUUUGCACUGAUUAAACAACGUCAUAAGUCCCUGCGUUUAACACAAACAUCAGCACAUCAUCCACAACAGCCGACACCGACACCAUCACAUCAUCACCACCAGCAGAACAAAUCACAAUCUAGAAAACAUCAGCAACAACAAACCUCAUUAAAACAACAUCAAUUCAAUGACUCCUCAACAAUUCAAUUAACUGACAUUACAAGUUCAAAUAAAGAACAAAAUAAUUUAAAAGUAAAAAAUAAAAUUCAUAGUAAAAAUAAUUCAGAUCAGGAAAUUAAUCUUUUGGAGAAUAAAUAUCCCACAUUAACAACAACAAUGACAACAACAACGGCAGCAACUGCGAUUACACUUACUAGAAUAGAUAAAAAAGAACCUUCACACUUGAUUCCGAGUGAUUAUAAUUGUACAAUAAGUUCAUUUACACAAUCAGAUCAUGAAUUCAUCGAGGAAGAAGAAGGAAUAACUGAAAAUCUCUCUGAUGAUAUCCAUUUUGAAGGCCCUCGUUUAGAUAUACCAUCACCAAAUUUAAAUUAUAAUUUAGAUCGAUACAUAUUACCUUGUAAUCAGACUACCUCUAUUGAUUAUUUAAAAGUAACCAAUCAGAAUUCAGUCCCAGCUGCAACAACCUUGAAUAGUGUAGAUAAUCGAUACAAUGAUUCACUUAUUAUACCUGAUAGAAUAGAUUUAAAAAUUUUAAAAUCCUUUGAAUCACCAAAAUAUGUGAGAUGUAGCUCAAGUAGAUCAUCAUCAGCCUCAUCAUUAUGUUCACCGUUUGCAAUAGAAGAUUAUAAUGAAAUCACUUUCACAUGUUGUCAUCUUGAACAUUAUGAUAGUUUAUCUACUGAAAAUACACCUUCAAGGUCAUCUUUAGGUAAAGAAUGCAUUGUAGAACAUGGUGAAGAAAAAGAUCGCCGGGAGGAAGAACAAAGUUUGCCUAAUCUUACUGUACAUAUGCCAAUAGGAAAUUCUCAAUUAUCAGUUCAAACACCGAAUACACCAUGUUCAAUGAUUCAACGUAUACCUGAUUAUAAUGUAAGUUAUAAUAACAGUAAUCUUUCAGAGAUACAUAAAUCAUCAUGUCAACAUCAAAUCCCUCUUAAAUCAUCAAAUAUUAUAAAUUUAUUUACUCUACCAAGAAUCAAAACUUGUUUAAAUUGUACAAAAACGCAUAGCAGUUCAAUAUCCUCAUCAAGUGAUGCAGAAUAUUCUUGGCCACAGAUUAGUGAAUGUAUUGGACAAAGUUCAGCAGAUGCUGUAGAUGACGAUUAUGUACAGGUUAGAAAUGAUUCAGCUGAGCAGAAUUAUCGAUGUACAGCAACAAUAACUGACAGUGACAAUGAAGAAGAAGACGAUGAUGAUGAUGAUGUUGAUGAUGAAGAAGAAGAUUACGACGAAGAUAUUCAUGAAGGAUUGUUAUUCACUGAUGAAAAUACUACUACUAUUUGUGAACUUUGUCGUAAUGAAAUCAGCUCAAAAUCUUUUUGUGUAUAUAAUUUUAAUGAAUUAUGUAAUUGUAUUGAUGAUUAUCAUAAUGAGUCAAUUGUAUUUCAGUAUAGAUGUCAACCAGAUGAAAAUUUCUGCCAACAAUACAUAAAUCAUACACCAAAUGGUGAUGUUUAUAAAACCGAUCUUAUUAAUCAUAAUAAAAUUUGUCAUACUAGAACAGUGAAAGUUAAACAGAUUAAAACAAAUUUAUCACAAAAAAAGAAAUUUAAUUUUCGCAUUGAAUUCUGUAAAUAUCUAUCAUUAUUCAAUGAUAAAUUUAAACAAAGUAAUCAGAUAAUUGCGCGAAAUUUACAUCGAGCGCGUAAAUCGAAGUGUUUUAAAUCACAAAAUUUAAACAAGCGGUAUAAUAAUCAUAAUAAUAACAGUAGUCAAAAAACUAUAAUUACUUCAAACAAAAGUUCUCGAGGAAAUUUCAGUAGUAAAAUGGAUAAUCAGAAGACAGAUAUUACUACUAUCGAUCCUUCUCCAACAUCUCCAGUGGAUUUAGAUUCAAGUAGUGGGAAAUCUACACGGAAACAAUGUCUUAACAAUAGUCCAAAAUAUACUUCAACGAGAAAUAAGAAUGUUCUGUCACAAAAAGAGAAAAAAGCGACGAAAACAUUGGCUAUUGUUUUAGGUGUCUUUCUUGCCUGUUGGUUACCAUUUUUUUCAAUCAAUGUCAGUCUUGGAUUAUGCAUUUACCUUGGACCAGAUCAAUACGGGUUUUGUGAAACGGCUGGUAGCUUGAUGUCCUCAUGCACAUGGCUUGGUUAUGUGAAUUCAGCAUUGAAUCCAGUCAUCUAUACUAUAUUCAAUUUGGAAUUUCGUAAUGCAUUUAAAAAACUUUUACAUAUCAAUUAGAAAAAAAAGCGAAAAUGGCGGCGAAAAACAGUGCUCAUUGAGGAGAAGGCGACAUUGAGAACUCUGAAAUCAAUACAUAACAGAUAACGAAUGAAAAAGAAAUCACAGGGAUCCUAACUAACUAAGUAACUCACUCACUCACGAACUAACUAACUAACUAAAUAAUUAAUUGAUUAUUUAACAGAUUCCUGUAUUUUUUACUUAUAAUGUAUAAAAACCACAAUAAAUAAUUAAUUUGAGACAGUGA